AUGAGGUUUGCAGUUGUUGUUGUGGCUGUUGUGCUGCUUGCUGGCACAACAAUUGCAGAGGAUGAAAACUUGACCAUCUCCCUCUUCCAAGACUCGGACACGUGUCGUAUGGAGACAAUCAACUCGUUGGCCAUGGUGGUGCAGGUGGAAAAGCUCGAUGGACGUUGUCACCAACUCCCAGAGCUCACCAUCUUCUCAGAUCCAAAGCCUUCUUACUACAAGCUGACCUACGAUGCAACAAAGGACAAAGUCACGGGCAGCCUGUUCUGCAAGGACGACACCUGUACCAAUUGUGGCGCCGAGCUGAAACGCAAGCUGACCACAGAGUGUUUCGAGGUGGCGGACACUUUUGGGCAGACCGACACGGGCUCCUACCUCUUCAGCGCCUCUGUGCAGCGCAGUGAGGGCGCGUGCAUUGGACCCGGCGAUAUUCCACGCCCGUCCCUUCCAGAACUGCUCAUGUUCCAGUACUUUGGCAGCAACGCCUGCACGCUUGGCGGCAACGCAACAGCCACCAUCCAGAAUUUGGGUCGCGCCGACAGCACAUGCCGCAAGCCGGCCGUGAGCACGCUGUACCAGAAGGUCGAGGCGGUGAAGGAAGGCAUUAACCUGUACCUGGACUGUCACGAUAGCGCGUGCCACAACUGCGGGUCGCGGAUUCAAAUUGCGCAGACGGACGAGUGCAAUCCACUGCACGACGCAACAUAUGUCCUCAACUUCCAAGAAAACCUGCAGGGUUGUGCGACCUAUCCACGGCACAACAUCAGCAGCGAGACAGGUGCCAUUGCCGGGGGCAUCAUUGGGGCGCUGUUUGUUGUUCUCAUUGUGUUCCUGUACGUCUCGCGUCUUCGCUCCAAGGACCGCAGCACCUACAACCGCAUCUAA